CGGGGGGCAGCCGCCGCUAUCCUCAGCUUGGGCAACGUGCUCAACUACCUGGACAGGUACACCGUGGCAGGCGUCCUUCUGGACAUCCAGCAGCACUUUGGGGUCAAGGACCGAGGCGCCGGCCUGCUGCAGUCAGUGUUCAUCUGUAGCUUCAUGGUGGCUGCCCCCAUCUUCGGCUACCUGGGCGACCGCUUCAACAGGAAGGUGAUUCUCAGCUGUGGCAUUUUCUUCUGGUCGGCCGUCACCUUCUCCAGCUCCUUCAUUCCCCAGCAGUACUUCUGGCUGUUGGUCCUGUCCCGGGGGCUGGUGGGCAUCGGUGAGGCCAGCUACUCCACUAUCGCCCCCACUAUCAUUGGCGACCUCUUCACCAAGAACACGCGAACGCUCAUGCUGUCCGUCUUCUACUUCGCCAUCCCACUGGGCAGUGGCCUGGGCUACAUCACUGGCUCCAGCGUGAAGCAGGCAGCCGGAGACUGGCACUGGGCAUUGCGGGUGUCCCCUGUCCUGGGCAUGAUCACAGGAACACUCAUCCUCAUCCUGGUCCCGGCCACUAAAAGGGGCCAUGCUGACCAGCUCGGGGACCAGCUCAAGACCCGGACCUCAUGGCUCCGAGAUAUGAAGGCCCUGAUUCGAAACCGCAGCUACGUCUUCUCCUCCCUGGCCACGUCGGCUGUCUCCUUCGCCACAGGGGCCCUGGGCAUGUGGAUCCCGCUCUACCUGCACCGCGCUCAAGUUGUACAGAAGACAGCGGAGACGUGCAACAGCCCGCCCUGUGGAGCCAAGGACAGUCUCAUCUUUGGGGCCAUCACCUGCUUUACGGGCUUUCUGGGUGUGGUCACGGGUGCAGGAGCCACGCGCUGGUGCCGCCUGAAGACCCAACGGGCCGACCCACUGGUGUGUGCCGUGGGCAUGCUGGGCUCUGCCAUCUUCAUCUGCCUGAUCUUCGUGGCUGCCAAGAGCAGCAUUGUAGGGGCCUAUAUCUGUAUCUUCGUCGGGGAGACGCUGCUGUUUUCUAACUGGGCCAUCACUGCAGACAUCCUCAUGUACGUGGUCAUCCCCACCCGGCGGGCCACUGCUGUGGCCUUGCAGAGCUUCACCUCCCACCUGCUGGGGGAUGCCGGGAGCCCCUACCUCAUUGGCUUUAUCUCAGACCUGAUCCGCCAGAGCACCAAGGACUCCCCGCUCUGGGAGUUCCUGAGCCUGGGCUACGCGCUCAUGCUCUGCCCCUUCGUCGUGGUCCUGGGUGGCAUGUUCUUCCUCGCCACCGCUCUCUUCUUCCUCAGCGACCGCGCCAAGGCUGAGCAGCAGGUGAACCAGCUGGUGAUGCCGCCCGCAUCUGUGAAAGUCUGAGGUGGUGCCAUUGGGACAAUGAAGAACUCACAUUCCCACCUCGUCCGGGAGGUGUCCUACAGCGUCCGGGACCGGCUGGGCUGCCCCAAAGCUUUGUGUGUGAUCCACGGCUGGGCAUCCCCCCUCUCUGGCCUGGGCCUGCUGAGUGGCCCUGGCAUCAAGAAGAGGCUGUGUCCUCAGUUACCCUGGAAGGAUGUGUGUGUUGGAGCCACAUGGUUGGACAGAUUCCCAGCCCUAGGUUGGGGCUGCAGGGCCCCUGGGGCCAAGGAAGAAGACAGCCCCAAGUGGGUGUCCGGGGAGAGCCUGGCCUGCCACCAGCUUAUGUGAUCUUGGGCAAGUCCCUGCCCUCCCUGGAACGAAGGGCCAGGGGGCCGGACUUUCCCACACAACUUGCUGGGCAAAGCAGGAUCUGCAGCUUUGAAGACUCGACAGACCCUGGACCUUACAGAGAGCAGGUGGCCCAGGCCUCAGGGCGGCAGUCCUGGCUUUGAGGCUCACGUAAGGGCCUGGUGUGCGGGACCACUGCUUCUCAGCUGGGCCUCGGACCUCGGGGAUAUCGGACUCAACCUGGCAACUGAAGCUGGGCACCCAAGUCGCUGGGUACUCCCUGG